GUGAGUGAGAGAGGGGUGUGAGAUGACAGAGAGAAAGAUAGUAGAUGUUUUUAUUUGUUAUUGUACUAUGUGAAAGACUGGUUUUGUGGAUUUGUACUGCUAUUUUAUAACAAUGACUAUACGCUUCCAGCUUUUUCAACUUACGAAAUGGUUCUCGAAAAGUCAGGUUCAGAGGACAUUUUAAGAUAUGAAUAUUAAAGUUCUAUCAGUUCGUGGCCUGAGACCAGAAUUUAGAGAGGUUGACCGUGAUUUGUGGCUUUGGUUUUGUGAGGCUAAAAAUAAUUAUGAGAACUAUCAUGGCCCACGUGUCACAAAACGAUUGGUGCAAGCCAAAGCCAAGCAGGCCUUCGAGGCUGUGGGUAUUUCUAACUUUAAGGCAAGUGACGGAUGGUACAUCAGAUGGCUCAAAAGAUGGAACAGGAUAAAUGAUCAUACUGCUGGCAGUCCCCAAGUUCUUAAAAAGCAGAGAAUAAGGAGAUCCAAUGCUAAAACUCCUGCCAUAGCAAAUAAACAAAAGGACAAUUUUUUCAACAAAGCUGCACCAAGUGUUUGUGGACCAUUAGAAUCAUCCUGCAGCGAUAAUGCCUUUGACACUACAAACUUAAACUAUGUUGGUAUUUCACAACCUGGGGAAAGUGAAUCUUUUCAAUCCCUGGAUAGUGAUGAAUAUGCUCACUCAUUUGUUGCUGGUGGUAAAUCUACACCACAGUCUCUCAUCUUUCACCAAACUGCCAAAAUUAAUCCUACUGAUGCUGUUCUUCUUCCGGAGCAAUGUGCUCAAAGCGCAAGUCAAUCACUCAAACCUGUUGAAAUUGACGAAGAGUCAUCAUUUCUAAAUCUGGAUGAUUUAACUUGGAAUGAUCUGUCUGAUUUGUCAUGUUUUGGAAAGCCUUCAGAAACUAUUUUUACAGAAAAUGAUGAUUUGAAGAGCCUUUGUGUUGAACAUCCAAAACCAAAUCAACAAGAUAAUAACAUUUCAUUCCAAGAUAGGGAGAAACUAAAUCGUUCAGAUGUGUUUAUCUACAAUUCCCAAGGACCAAGUCAACAAAAUGACCAAUCCUUUGUUAAAGGCUUUUCUCUUCUACCUAAGCGAGCAUCAAAGUCUGGCAGUAGUGCUGAGAAAACUAAUCAUAUUCACUGCAGAGAUAGUGCAGGAGGAGCGUUGGUUAUUAGAGGACAAGAAAGUCAAUCUAAUGAUCUUAAGUCAAAAGAAACUGAAAAUAUUGUUUGUAACCAAAGUAUGACUGAUUUUAUUAAUGGAGAGACAGCAUGUGGAAACUUUGCUCAGCAUGAUUUAGAAGAUGUAUCUCUUAGCUCAGACUUUGUCAAUCAGCUAAAUAAUGAGCAAACUUUUGAGCUUAGUAUUAAGUGUGGCAAUGUAAAUAAUUCUCAUCUAAUUUGUUCCAAGAAUAUUGCAAAUGAAAAUGCAAACUCUCACUUUUGGCCGGACAACCAUUUUAAACCACCAACUUCAACUGGCUCUCACCACACGGUGACCAAUAGCAGUCGAUUGAAAACAAUAAAUGAAUGCACCAGUCCAGAGCCAGGUUGCCAUAUGAGUGUGGUGGAUGAUGAUUUAAGCAGUGAAGAUAAUGACUACAUUUCUGAGGCUGUUUUGCUUUCAAUGCAAGAGGAUGAUUUCUCCAUUCUUAACUGUGAUCAAUCGCCUUUUCAAGGCAAUAUGUCAGUGAUUGAUGAAAACAGCCAAUCCGAAUCUGAGAAAGUUACCAGCCUUGAUGAAGGCAGUCAAUUAGAGUUGCCUAUCUUUAAAUCAUCGCAGUACAUAUUAAUGGAUAAAGAACAUAGCUUUCCCUGUGGAGGGAAGGUUAAAAAAUGUGGUGAAACUCCACUAAUGGAAGAUCCCAUGGCCCAAUCUCGAAGACCUGAACACCAGAACAUUUUUGCCUCUGAAGAUGCUGUAAGAGGUGAAAUCUUAUCGUCCUGCAGCAGAGAUGAUAAUUUGACAUUAGAAGUUCCAUGCUUCACCCCAAUGUUACCUUUUGUAAAUGAGUCCUCCAACAUGCUCCCAAUUAUGGAUGGAAGCCCAGUGGCACAAAAAAAGUUACUAACUUCCUCUGCAUCAGGUGAUGUAAUUUUUGAAGGCGGGAAAAUGUUUCAAAUAUCAUCUUUAACUGGGAAAAUUGCAUUGGUUGACAGCGAAAAUUUACUUCAUCUAUCAACAACUGAUAGUGUCCAUUCUUCAGUUUCAGAUCAGGAUGUGUUAAUAGCAUCUUGUAAUAAUUUCAAUAACAUAGGUUCAUUACCUUCAAGCUAUUUUUCCACUGAGGAAGUUGUUGAAUACUCUCAAAGCCCACUUGUCUCAGACAGCUGUAUUUUAAAUCAAAACGUUGAAAGUGCUUAUAUUGUACCCUGCUCUCAAGAUGAAGCAGGUUUUGAUAACGUCUCACAGUGCAGUGCCUCAAAUGUUAUAUUAAGUAAAAACCUGUCAUCAGGCAUGCUGAAGUCUAUGCAACUAAAUUCAAUAGAAGUCCAUGGUGGCUCUUUCUCUGAUAUGUUGACUGCAAAUGCUGAUACAAGAACUGACUCAACUUCUUACCUACUGGAUGGAAAUGGUGGUGUGACAAGAUUAAUGACAUGGACACCUUCUGGCACAUCUUUGGGGGACAGCACUUCCCUGUUAGCGUCUUUAACUAACACAUGUACUGCUGAAAUCUCCACACAAGAUCAAAGAAAUUGUCUCAUUAAUACAAGCCAAAGUGAGACAUUGGCAUGCCCAAUGAGAUAUGAAUCCACCAAAGAAAAUGGAUUUCUCUCUUUUGAUUUACCAUUAGAAGAGAACAUGUUGUCAGAAACUGAUGCUGACUCUGGGGAGCACUCAAAAUUACACAAGAAAAAUUUAGCCUAUUUAACUGAAAAGGGUAUGAAUACUAGCCUGGGUAAUAAUGUUGUUGAGGCAAAGCAGUCCUCAUACCGUCGUUCAAGCGGAGAUAGAUAUUUUCCCUACUUCAAAGAAAAGGUUGUUAAUUACGCAAUUAAGAACACAGCUAAAGAGGCUGCCCAAUACUUUGGAGUUAAUGUAGACACUGUGACCUUGUGGACUAGGGGGAGGCUUGAGAAUAACUCUGUGGUAAAGAACUAUCCUGAUCAAUUAAUGCUUCGGUGGCUGAAAAGAAAUAGAGAGAGUGGUAUUUUGCUUACAAAGGAGCAAGUAGUUGAAAAAGCCAUCAAUUUGUUAAAAACCCCUGGCAACUGGUUAAAGGAUAAGACCCGGUGGUUUUACACCUGGGCAUCAAGAUUUCUUGGUGAAGAGGAGAAAAAGAAAAGGAUGGAGAAUAAAGAACUUGGCUUUAAUAAUCUCCCAGAAGACACAGGUGAUAAAAAGGCUCUCUACCCUGAUGAAUUCAAAGUUGAGGUAGUUCUCUAUGCGGAACGUACAAGUCAAAAUCUGGCUUCAAAUAUAUUUAAUAUAGCCCGUAGACGGAUAUUUGAAUGGUCAGCAGCUCUCAAGAGUUCCAAGAAAGAAGAUGAAGAAACAACAGCUAUCUCUUUUUCAAAUCCCAAAGAUAGUCUCCCAAGUCAUGGGCCACUUUCCUCUAUUCCUGAAAGCGGAUCUUUAAAGCUGAAGUUAAAUGGGAAAGGAACUGGAAGAGCUGUGACCAGUGUUGCUGUUGAUCAAGAGUUAUGGUUAUGGUUUUGUGAGCAGACAGCGAAGAAAACAAAACCUAAAAGUAAAGAGAUACGGGUCAAAGCUGUUGAACUCUUUCGAGCUCGUAACCAUGAUAAAAUUCAGUGCUCCCAUGGUUGGUUAAAGAAAUGGUGUAUGCGUUAUGGAGUGGCUCUGCGUCAUGAGGGUGAUGGUGAUCUGCUAGCAUGGUGUCUUGAACAAUUUGACUGUAAUCGUAAUAUAUCUCAUAGAGAUUUGCUGAACUAUGCACAUGAAUCCCUUACUGGGACACACAAAUCUGAAUUUAAGGCUUCAGCAGGAUGGCUUUUAAGGUUUUGCAAAAGACAUAAGAAUCUUCUGUCAGAAAAACCAUCUAUUGAUACAGAAAUACCCACCAUACUGAAGCAUAAAGUAUCUGAAUUCAGAGCUCAUGUACAGAAAAUUAUCAAAACAUCAAAUAUAUGUGAGGAAAACGUUGGGUGCAUGGAUGAAAUCCCGCUAAACUUCACCGCAGGAGCCUCUCGCAAUCGUUUACUUCUUAGGCGUUCCGGCCUUGAAAAUUGUCAUGCAACUGUGAUUUUAGGCUGCCUUGCUAAUGGAGAACUUUUACCACCAGCAAUUAUUUUUAAGGGAGAUGGGCCAACAGAACACGUUUCAUAUAAUGGACUUCCAUUAAUCAUCUUUUACCAACCUGACUGCUGUAUGAACUCCUCCAUUAUGUCACAAUGGAUUGAUCUUGUUUGGACCAGAAAUGUUUCUUCACCAAGCCUUGUUGUGGCUGACUGUUAUGAUCCUCACUGCUCUGAGUCAGUUCAGGAUAAAUGUAAAGCCUCUAAUAUAACUCUCUCAGUAAUGCCUGCUGGAUGUUCAUUUAAGCUCCAACCUCUAGACCCAGCAAUAUCUCGGUUAUUUGAAGAAAAUAUUUAUAACAGAUGGACUAGACAUUACACAGCUGCUGAUCAAAUGCUAACUUGCAAACGGACUUCAUACUCCAGCAAUACAGAUAUUGCUCGCUGGGUUGCAGAUGCCUGUAGUACUCUACGGCAGACAAGAAAGGAAGCAAUGCAGCGAAGCUUUGAAGUUACUGGAUUGACGUCUCUUCUGAAGAAAACAGAUGAGCAAUUUAUAGAGGAUCCAUCUUAUAUCCCUUUUGCUUCCUUAUUCACUUCUUUGUAAGAAUGCUUGUAAUCUUCAUUAUGAAGAUUUUGCAAGAACAAGAAAGAGUACAAAGAAUAUUUAGUCACUCUUAAAUUUCCAAUGGUUUAAGAAAAUUGAUAAGCCAUGUAUUGUAUUGCCUUUAUGAAAUGCACCUCAACUACUGUUUACAAUGUCAAGUACAUACUGGAAACAAUUCCUUUUUGUGGAUUGUCUCCAAUCACUUUUCUUUUUCUAUAGGUAUUGCACAAUGUUCACCUUUGUUGCUUGUGUAAUUUUUUCAUUGAUCGUGAGAAAAAUGUACUUUGUAGUUUGCCAGAUCUCUAGUCUUCAAGAUUCUGUAAGCUUGCUGUAGUGCAAUAGCAUGUUUUUAAAAUAUCUAGCUCUAGAUAUAUAAACAUAGACAUGGAAGUCAAGGAUUCUGUUUAUUGGGAAGGACUGUUUAACAUUUCUUAUUAGGUAUAGUUUUAAAGUAGGUCAACCUGAGGUUUAUGGUAAUUGUUAUUUUAUUUCCUAGACUUAUUUAACCUGUGGUCUGAAUAUUAGUUAUAACAAGGUGCUUUUUUUCUUUCUCUUUUUUCUUCAUUUGUAUGUAGUAAUUUCUCUUUCACAAUAAUGUUUCAUUCUGGGCUUUUAAUAAUUUUUUCCUAUUUUUGAAAGACUGAAAUCAUUGUGUAUGUUUUCAUGUAAAGAAUCCAACAGAGAAGGCUGAUAAUUUCAAAUGACUGAUUUAAGUCUGAAGCCUCCUAUCAGUAUUGCAUCGCAAUUAUUUAUUAUGUGAGAGUAAAAGUCUUAAGAUAUUUAUGUUAUUGCCUUGUACAUAAAUUUAUUAUUUGUUAUUCUGCCCAUUGAAGUUAUUCUAAAAUCGGUAGCUUUGCUUUAACUUUCUUUUCUAUUUUUAGAAAGUGUAGACUGUCAUAAACUGUACUGAAUUUGAAAUGUAUGCUCUACAUGCUGGGCAUGUCAUGUUGGCAACCUCAGCACUAGAAUUACAACACUUAUCAUUCAAAGAAACAAAA